AUGUUAAGCGACGUUGUUUCAUUAAGGACAAGAAGACACGGUGACACGUGUAAGGCUGAGAGUGUUUUGGGAGGAAAAACCUAUGGGUGGAAAAAAAGAUCAGUUUCGUUUCAGCUUUCUCUCCUCGACGACGAAGUGGAGAAAACCAUACAUGGAAGGACUUUAGCCAUUCGUUCUGCAGAAUUUGCUGCUAGAGGAGGCUUACCGGUUUUGAAAAAAGCUUCACUACCAAGUAAAGGAUCUACCUUUCUUCUGGGACAGGGCCUUUUGAUGAUCUCUGCUUAUCCACAGUUGGCAUCAGCAGCGUCAGAAAUGGUGAAGCCUGAACCGGCUUACGAAGUUGGAGAGUUGUUUGACCUAAGCAUUCAGCUUUCUUACUUGCUGUUACUACUGGGUUUGCUCGGAGUUGGUACUUUCUAUGUGAUUUGUCAAGUACUUGUGCGUAGAGAACUUGACCUCUCUGCCAAAGAACUACAGGAACAAGUUAGGAGUGGUGAUGCAAGUGCAACAGAGCUCUUUGAGUUCGGUUCAGUGAUGCUGAGACGCAAGUUUUAUCCUGCAGCCAACAAGUUCUUGCUUCAAGCCAUCCAGAAAUGGGACGGUGACGAUCAGGAUCUUGCUCAGGACAACACAAUGGAAUAUAUGCUCACAAAAGAUACGAAGUUUAUAAAUAAUGAGAUUAUCAUACACAAUGGAAUUGUUGCUGGACGAACACAUCUGCAAGUACCUGUGAAAGAAUCAGACAAGAACGUUUUGUUGUUAAUAGAUAAGAACCCCUAAAGUAUCAAGCGAAGUUUAAACUUUUUUUUUU